CCUGGCCAUGGCGCUGCAGCUCUCCCGGGAGCAGGGCAUUACCCUGCGCGGAAGCGCCGAGAUCGUGGCCGAGUUCUUCUCCUUUGGCAUCAACAGCAUUUUGUAUCAGCGUGGCAUAUAUCCAUCAGAAACCUUCACUCGAGUGCAAAAGUAUGGCCUCACCUUACUUGUAACUACUGAUCCUGACCUCAUAAAAUACCUGAAUAAUGUGGUGGAACAACUAAAAGAUUGGUUAUACAAGUGCUCUGUUCAGAAACUGGUGGUAGUCAUCUCAAACAUUGAAAGUGGUGAGGUUCUUGAGAGAUGGCAGUUUGAUAUUGAGUGUGACAAGACUGCAAAAGAUGACAGUGCACCCAGAGAAAAGUCUCAGAAAGCUAUCCAGGAUGAAAUCCGUUCAGUUAUCAGACAGAUAACCGCUACAGUGACAUUUCUGCCACUGUUGGAAGUUUCUUGUUCAUUCGAUCUACUGAUUUAUACAGACAAAGAUUUGGUUGUACCUGAAAAAUGGGAAGAGUCGGGCCCACAGUUCAUUACCAAUUCCGAGGAAGUCCGUCUUCGUUCAUUUACGACUACAAUCCACAAAGUCAAUAGCAUGGUGGCCUACAAAAUCCCUGUCAAUGACUGAGGAUAAGAUGAGGAAAAUAGUCUAAUUACAACAUUCAAGUGUGAUUUUUCCUGAAACCAGGUCAACUGUAGUUGAUGUUUUAUUUCAGUGGUUAAUUUUUAAUUGGGGAAAAUCAGUGUUAGACUUUACUGAACUGUGCAUAAUUGUUCCAUUCUUUGGUACCUGUUUGACUUACCAUAAUGUCGACACAGUGGAAUUCUUGCACACUGUUCAAAAGGAACCAGCAGAUUUCAUCAGUAUCGUGAUGUCAGUUCUUUUGAAGGUGGUAACUGUAGAUGGAAAAACUUAAAAGAUAAAUGCUUUACCAAAUCAGACAUUUUGGUCAAGUAGCUUGACUCAGUAUUGGUAGGGAAAUAUUUAAAUAUCAAUAAAAAAGAAAAAACUAGCAAAAACUUUGGAAUAUUCAAAAUCUAUGUAUAGAUCCUCCAAGUAACUAAUAAUCCAUAAAUAAUUGCUUUAUUAGGUGUUACUGUCAUCUCAUUGUAUCUAUAGUUCCCUAUUGAAAAAAUUACAAUGACUAGAUUUUAAUUUAUAUAAUAAGCCUGUGAAGCCAUGGAUUUCUGCUGUUUCAUUUUCUAUGAUAUAGAACUCCUAAAUGUUUUUUUUUAUGUUUUAUAAAAUCACUUUAAAUGACAAUGAAA